CAGGAAUCUAUCCGGUAAGUUGCUUUUGCGGUUCUAUGCGAUAGUGAGAGCAAAAAAAAGAGAGAGAGAGAGGUUCUAAACAUUGUCUUUCUCCUCCCAUGUGUGUUUAGACGUCUCUUUGAACGUGUCACUGCCAUGAAAAUCUCCUCCAAAAAGAUGAAGUUCUUCUUCAAAAAGUGGCUGCAAUAUGAAAAUGAGCAUGGCACUGAAGAGGAUGCUGAUCGAGUCAAGGAAAAGGCCUUGGAAUACGUCAAUAGUGCAUAAUUUUUUGUUUUUUUCUUCUUUGUUUUUUAUUAAUCAUACAGCUACCUACAUUUCUCUCUCAAAACUUCACACACUCUACAACACCAUCUCAUUCUCAAAGCGGCCCUUUUUGUAUCAUUUUCUAUAACAUUUUUUUUUAUUAUUAUUAUUUUUCACUCGCAAUAUCGCACAACAUAAAAAAAAAGCAACUACUCUCUUUUUUCUCUCAGAAACACACAAAAAAAAAUCAUGGAAUCGGCAAGCGCACACAACCACGUACCGAGAUAUGCUCCCAACUACUACCCAACGAUUAACCUAGAUGAGGAAGUACGGUUAUUCAAAAAUAACAAAGAUCGAGACAAAUACGACAAUAUGGCAGACCUGUUUGCCAUUAUUGUUCUUAUGGAGCAUCUUGAAAAAGCAUUCAUACGUGACUCCAUCACAGCCGAAGAAUAUACGCCCCAGUGUGCUAACUUGAUUGCCAAAUACAAGACAACAAUGACAUUCUUAUCAGAAAGCGUGACCAAUCUUGAAACCUUCAUGAACGACUACAAGCUAACGUGCCCAGCCGCCGUGAAUCGAUUCAAGAUUGGAGUACCAGCCACGUACGAACACGCUGUGGGCGACACGAAGCAGGACAUGGGCAAGUCUGCAAAGUACAUUGCCGAAACUGUGCUGCACUUUAUUACGGUGAUGGACACACUGCGACUGAACCGACACGCUGUGGACGAGCUGCAUCCCAUCCUGGCCGACUUGAUCCAGUCGCUGAACAAUGUUCCUGGACUUCCUGCGGACUUUGACGGCAGAUCCAAGGUGCGGCAGUGGCUCAUUACACUGAACGCCAUGAAGGCAAGCGACGAGAUCACGGAAGAACAGGCGCGUCAGAUGCUGUUUGAAAUGGAGCAGUCGCACACUGAGUUCUAUCGCCUGUUGAGUGGUGAUCAAAAGUCUAUUGGAUCCACCUAAACCCUAAAUACAAUCACACUGCUCGUAUAUAACUCGUAACAUGCCACAUAGACUCCCGCAGCCCCCCGUUCCACCCCCUCGGGAUGCCCCUUCCGAGCCUUUGUGUCUUUGUGUGUGUGUGUGUGCCGUGUCUCCAAAGCAAAUAAAAAAAAAAAUUCAAUUCGGGCGCAACAACCCCGUGUGUCUCUCUCUCUCUUUUUUUUUCUCUCUCUCUCUUUCUUUUUCCAUCUUUCUCCCCUUCUUCUCACUAAACACACACACACACACACACACGCUAAUACCCUCAAUCUCACAAACUACAAUGACCUCACGCGACGACUAUGUCUACUUGGCCAAGCUCGCUGAACAAGC